AUGCAGGAGCAAAAACAGACAACAAAGCAGCAGCAGCAGCAGCAGCAGCAGCAGCAGCAGCAGCACUUUCUAGCCAAUUCGUUUUUGCGUAAUAGUGCAGCAGCGUGCCCCUUCCGCUUGGGUUUUCUGCUGCUGCUGCUGCUACCGCUGCUGCUGCUGCUGCUGCAAGACAUCGGCUGCGCUGCAGCGGCUCUUUCUCUUCGCCGCUGUCCUAUACAGCAGCAGCAGCAGCAGCAGCAGCAGCAGCAGCAGCGCCUACGUUUGCAUUAUGCCUUCACCUCUCCUAUUGGACCUCACCAGGGACACUGCAGCGGCUGCUGGUCGCCAGCAGCAACAGCAGCAACAGCAGCAACAGCAGCAGCAAGACCUGUCGGAGGAGGAGUCCCUUAUGUCCUUAAGAGCGGCAGUUCCCUACGCGAGGGUACUGGAGCCCCCCUUGGGGGCCCUCUAGGGGGCCCCUCGGGUGGCCUCCUGGGGGGCCCCUUUUUGGGUCUGCGGAGGGCCCCUGGGGGCCCCCUUGCUGCCUUUAAGGGUUUACGGGGGGCCCUCUUUGGUGGUCGUCGUAUUCGCAUUCAUAGCGAAGAGCAAAUGGAUAAAGCAUUAGCAAGAGGGGUCCCCUUGGCGUCUAUGGAGGUGUAUGGAGAUUUACAUUGUCCUCAGCCUCCUUUUAAUCCUGUCUUGCUGCUGCGUCUGCAGCAUAUACUGCAGUACCUGUUGCGUGCUACUACAAGCAGCAGCAGCAGCAGCAGCAGCAGCAGCAGAUUGAGCAAGGGUGCAGCAGCAGCACGAUCCUCUCUAACUCGUUGGCUCUGUGGUCGUAGUGACGACCCUGAAGGGUUUAUAAGAGGGGGCCCCCAUUCAUGGAGUGUACGUGGUGUAGGAUGGGGUACAGAUGGCCCUGGGGGCCCCCAGGGCCCCCCCGGCCCCUCCUCAUCUCCCUCUGUACCCUAUGAAGAUGGGGGGGGCCCCCUAUAUCCCUCCUCUCCAUUUUUGAAGGGUACAAAUGGCCCGCUUGUAUCGCCGCUUUCUGGGGGCCCCCUGGGGCCCCCCAUACAUAAAAAAGAAGGGGAAGAAAAGGAGAGUCUAGCAUUAGCCAUAGAAGGAGGAGCAAUGAGGGCAUGCGUGUGUGCAGGGAUGGCUGUCUGCCUCCAACAUUUAGGGUUUAUGGAUACAUUUGAUUGUUUAUUAGGUAGUAGUGCAGGUGCAUUAAUAGGUGCAUUUGGGGUGUCUAGACAGCUGGCAUAUGAGGAUCUAGAUAUUAAGGGUUUAUUAAUAAAAAGAUUAGGUAAACCCUUAAUUAAUCUUGAUCUUCUCUUCUCUUAUGUAUUGCAACAAAUGCAGCCAUUCAAUUGGCCACAAUUCAUCAUUAAUAAUCAGAAACAGCCACUCAGGAUAAUAGCUGCAGGUCUCCAUAGUCUGAAUUCAGUAACAUUAGAUAGUAAGGGGGGAUUAAUAAAAGAUUUACCUUCUUUAUUUGAGUGUCUAAGGGCCUCAAUGUUAUUACCGGGCCUAACGGGUCCAGUUGUCCAAUUACCAUUAUGGGGGCCCCCGUGGGGCCCCCAAUUGGACCCUCCAAAAUCUGCUGCAGGAGUUUCUGCAGCAGGAGGAGGAGCAGUAAAUACAUCAAUAAGUACAUCUUCUUCAUCCCUAUCCCCAUCAGAACAAUCAGGACAAUCAGGAUCAACAAGAGGAGGAAAUAAUAAUGAUGGUAUAUGUCGUCCUUUAUGUACUUUAUCCCCUAUAGUAUGUUCCUCGUUACUGCCACGUUUCUCUAAGGAUUCCCCAUUAAUGCCUAUGACGGAGCCUCUAGUUGACGCUCUCCUCUUUGAGGCAAUUCCUUAUCGUUCGGCAAUUAAUUCAAAUUAUUCACAUUUACUUGUAUUAAGAAGUAGACCUGAUCUUAAACAAGUCUCGAGGCUUAAGGGUAUAGAGGCAGCA